GGCUGUGCCUAUAGGCUGUCACCGGGAGAACGGUCCUGUUAAUUGCACUGCUCAGUCACGGAAGGGAGAGAGAGGAGGAGGAGGUACAGAGAGAGGAAGAGAGGAGCAGACACAGAGAAGCCAAAGAGAGAGAGAGAGAAAACUUUAAUUUAUAGAAGAGGUUUGCUCAAACAAUGAUCGCGGAGUGCACAUGGAUUCGGUAGAACUUUCGCUCCCUGAGUGUUUUUCCCUGCACUCCGAACAACAAAUGAAUUUAUCAAAGGCCCAAGUUAAUAGCGAAGAUAAGUACGCCAAAUGCAGCGCUUGGAGAACACAACAGCAAUACGACAUCGAAGCCAGUCACAUGCGUGAUGCACAUGCUCUAUAUAACCAAAGGCUGCUCUGCAGAAUGUCCAGCAAGGACCGCCACAUUGAGUCCAGUUGCCCCUCCUACAUAAAGACGGAACCUUCCAGCCCUGCCUCACUGACGGACAGCGUAAAUCACCACAGCCCCGGCGGCUCUUCAGACGCCAGCGGUAGCUACAGCUCGACCAUGAACGGCCAUCAGAAUGGUCUGGACUCACCCACUCUUUACGGCCCAACCGGUGCUCUGGGUCCCAGCGGUGCCGGAGCCAAGCGUUACGAGGACUGCUCAAGCACUAUCACGGAGGACUCACAGAUUAAAUGCGAGUACAUGCUGAACUCCAUGCCCAAGCGCCUAUGUCUGGUGUGUGGGGAUAUCGCCUCCGGCUACCAUUAUGGUGUCGCAUCCUGCGAGGCCUGCAAGGCCUUUUUCAAGAGGACCAUUCAAGGAAACAUUGAGUACAGCUGCCCCGCCACCAAUGAAUGUGAGAUCACCAAACGCAGAAGGAAGUCCUGCCAAGCCUGCCGCUUCAUGAAGUGUCUGACCGUUGGCAUGAUGCGAGAAGGCGUUCGACUGGACCGUGUACGUGGUGGAAGACAGAAGUACAAACGCCGGAUAGAUGCAGAAAACAGCCCCUAUUUGAACCCUCAACUGUCUCUGCCACCAAAAAAGCCAUUCCCCUUUGGCUGCCUUGCAGAUAACAAGAUUGUGUCUCACUUGCUGGUGGCGGAGCCUGAGAAGAUCUAUGCCAUGCCUGACCCCACCGUGCCCGACAGCGACAUCAAAGCCCUGACCACGCUCUGCGACCUGGCAGACAGGGAACUGGUGGUCAACAUUGGCUGGGCCAAGCAUAUCCCAGGGUUUUCCACACUUUCGCUGGCGGACCAGAUGAGUCUUCUGCAAAGCGCGUGGAUGGAGAUCCUGAUCCUGCGUGUAGUCUACCGCUCGCUGUCUAUUGAGGACAAGUUGGUCUACGCUGAAGACUACAUCAUGGAUGAGGACCAGUCCAAGCUGGCUGGCCUGCUAGACCUGAACAACGCCAUUCUUCAGCUGGUGAAGAAGUACAAGAGCAUGAAGCUGGAGAAGGAGGAGUUUGUCACUCUUAAAGCUAUAGCCCUGGCUAACUCAGAUUCCAUGCAUAUAGAGGACGUGGAAGCAGUGCAGAAGCUCCAGGAUGUGUUGCAUGAGGCCCUGCAGGACUACGAGGCGGGCCAGCACGUGGAGGACCCGCGCCGGGCCGGCAAGCUGCUCAUGACCCUACCGCUGCUCCGGCAAACGUCCACCAAGGCAGUGCAGCACUUCUACAGCAUCAAACAGGACGGCAAAGUGCCCAUGCACAAACUGUUUCUGGAGCUGCUGGAGGCCAAGGUCUAACUCUGUGCCCAGUCCCACGUUAUACCAACAGAGAGCUGUAGGGUGUACGUCACUGCCUGCACCCCUUCACCAGGCAGACACUGACUAACUCUCUGCCGCUGUUCGUGAAACCUUUGUCUAUAAACAUUAACAAAUAAUAACUAAAAACAUAACCGUAAUGGUACUUCUAAUUACUGACAAUGAGACAUAAAUAUAAGAUGAAUUUAGAAUGGGAUUAUUGAGAAAAGUAUGAAGUGGAAAAAAUGACUGCUUUCAUCAUUCAGCAGCGGGACUUGAAACCAGCCGUCGACUUGUUCUUCUCGAAAAUCUGAUGCUGAGUUUGUUUUUUUGUGCUAUUGAGACAUUUUGUUGAUUUUCAAAAGAGAAAUUUUGGAGCCGAAAAAGACCAGCCCUGCCAAAGGAAGGAGGUCCACCCGGUGGACACCAGCGAGCGAAACUUUCCCCGAACUGUACCGUCCAGCUCCCAAGUUGCUGAAGGAAUCUAGGAAUCGCCCCUCUUGUACCAUAAAAGUGUGACUGUCUAUAAUACGUUAGAGGUCCUCGGAGCAGUUUAACAACACGAUAGCCAAACGGAGAUUUUCACGUCUUUGAAGAAGCUGCUCCUCACCAUUACGGAACCAUGUGGAUUGAUCAUGUGUGUGUGUCACUCCCUUGUCGUUUUCUUUCAAGUCUUCCAAGUACAUCUAGCCUCUUUUACAGAUAUCAUUUCAGUCUUUUCAGGGAAAAGCCGAAGCUUUAGUCUAUCAUGCAAUACCGAGCAAAGAGGAAUCACAGUGGUCAAAGAACAGACUCAUUUAUUUAUUGACUUGAUUUUAUUAUAUUUUAUUCGAGUGUAUUUUUACUGUACUGAAGGAUGUAAAUGUAUGAUAUGGUCAUCAAACACAAUGUUUCUUCAUAUAAUGUUAAUAAUUGAUUGUUAUGUUUUUCUACCGACCACCGUGUUGCGCGAUUUAUAACCAUGAAGACAAAAACCUGUUAUCUUCUCUAAGCAAUAGAUGUUUAAAAAGUGGAGGUGUAAAUGUAUGCAAAUUUGUUUGCAUUUUUUUUCUUUUUCUUCUUUUUUUCUUAGUGCCGCACUUACUUGGAAAAUUAUUUUUUUUCCAGAAGCUUUUGCUUUUCUGUCUGUGCUUGUCAUAAGAUGAUAGAUUACAAACAUAAUAUGGCCAGAAGGACUAUAAAUAUUAUCUCAAGCCAAUUAUAUAUGUAUAACUUCAGCCUCGAAAUUCUAUUGACAUUCUUUAAUUCUAAAGCAGUAUUUGAACUUUAAGAAAAAUAGCACUUAGGAAGACAUAGAAGCAUCGUAAGCUUAGUUUCACAAUGGUCCUGAUUUUUAUGAGAGAGAUCAUACACAUGAUAUAAUCUUCUUCCAAAUGACAUUUUUAGCAGAGGCUCAAGUAUCAAAGCAAGCGAUCCACAGCCUUCAUCAGAAAUAUGUCCCUAUUAGUAUGGGGUAUUUUCUGAAUAUUCUUAAGCAUUUUAUAUUGUAAAUUUACAGAUUAUAAACCGACACAAAAGACAUUUUAUUGGAACAGAGCAAAGAGGGGAAAAAAAGAAUGAAAAAUUAGGAAAAAUAUGUAGUUCAGCUUAUUGGUGUUUCAUGCCUGCUGUGUUUUUUUCCUGAAACAUCUCUGUUUUGUUUUUUUUUCUGUCACAUGCAAAAGAUGUAGUGUACCACCCGUGGUGAUCACAGGUCUCACUCUUCAGUAUGCGUUGAUAUUCUUUCUGUUUUUUCUUUUGUCAUUUUGGUUCAUUUUUCUUUUUAGAGACGGUAGAAUUAGAGACAAUACUGGAUGUAUGAACCCUCAGGAGCAAGAUGAUGGGUUCUCAAAUAACCUUCUAAAAAAAGAUUAGUUGCCGCUAGAUCAAUGAUCAAUAUAAUCUAUGCUGAUAUAUAAGUAAAUAUAUUUAAAAGGAGGUGCAUUAUAUGUACAAGCAACCAUCUGUGUAACUCCUAUCUUCUAGACUAACACUGAAUAGCAUAGGUUACAAUGAAAAAUGGUUUGAAAAAGUACCUUUUUUCUUUCCCAUCUUUCAGAUUUUCCUUAUCUUUUAACAAAAUGCUGUAAAAUAAGGCCUUCAUGCUGAACUCCAUUGGUAUAUAUCUCGACUCUUUAAGGUUGCAAAGCGAAGAAACAUUUUUGUUUGUUUUGGUGUAUGAUCGGUUUUCAAAACUAUCACUUUGACUUUGUGUUCUUAAUGAAAUGACGAGAAAAAAAAAGAUGAAAGAACAGAUCAUUUUCAAGGCAAACGGGAAACGAAGGUUUUUAGUUGCUUUUUCUAAGUCUUGUUCUAUAAAAACACUGUAUUUAUCAUUAGCUAUUCAAAACUCUUAAUAGAUUGUACAUUGGAAAGGUUAGUAUAAUGUGACUUUAGAUCGUAUCGUUCAUGGCAACUCAUCAGAUGGUUAAAACAUGGGGUUUGGGGGGUCUUGUUGUUGGGAAGAUGAUUUCUUUCUUGUUUUUUUGCUUUUUUUUUUUUUUUUUUUGUGUUGUCUUUACCUUGAGGUGAUCGUGAUGAAAACGAAGCGAUAUGGAACUAGACAUGCUUUCUUAUUCUGGUCAGUUUUGUACGAUUUCGCGAAAAACAAGAGCAAGUGGUUCCGAUCUACACUCAGAUAUGCAUUUUCCAAGUUGCUUUUAGUGCACAAAAUGAAAAACAAAGUACUUUUAUGUACUGUGUAAUUUUGGACUAAACGGCACACAGCACUCUCGACCCAUUGAAAGACAAUUUUACUGUGUCUUUUAACACUCAUCUGUCCAGCAUAGAAAUCAAAGUGUAAUUUAUCCAUACCCAUGAUGACUUUUUUUUAGAGAUAUUUUCUUAUUUAAAGCAAUAUGACGGUACGACGUACAGUUGUUGUACAAUUUAAUUCAAUUAGUGAUCAAAUGCUGUAUUUAUUGAACUAUUUUGCAAAUUAUGUACAAUGUACAAUGUACAAACAACUGCUAUUCUUAAAUGUUGAAGAGGUUUUAGGUGUUGGUUGUAUUUAUUCAUGCAUUGACGCGUCUGCCAAACGCAUCUAGAUUCCUGGCAGUCUAAAGCAGAAACAAGUGUGGGAGAGGACGAGAUCCAGAGGGAAAAAGGGGAAAGAAUGAAAAAGCAUUUGAUCAAUAUGAUGAUGAUAUAUUUCAACCCAGGAGUUGCUGAAACAAGCUGUAGUGAGAAUCAUGUCUGUAGUUUUUAGAUGUGCUCCACAUCGGUAAAACUAUUAACUGUAUAUUUUUUGUGAUGUGCAUCAUUACAGUGUGCUCCAAACAAUAUGUCCAUUUGUGUAAAUGUAUUUAUUUUACAUUGUAUAUAUUGUUAAAUGCAAAAAGAGAGACCUAUGAUUCUGUAACUACGAUCAGUUCAGAUGUGUAACUCCAAUUAUGCCUUUCAGGAUAAAAGUAGAGCAAUAUUAAACAUGCUUCCAGUU